UCUAAAACAUCUAUAGACAUAUAUGCAUCUAGCGGAGGAAUCUCUUGGGGCAUUUACUAACAAUCAUUCGCAUUUGUAUUUUUUGGUUGAUGGAUGAUAUAAACCGGUGUAUUUUACGCUCGCUUCAUUCUGAUAUCAAUAGCUGUCAAUCAUCUCGCGGUAUUUGUCUUAUAUGUACCUGGGCGAGCAUAGGUACGUAAUGAGGAUACUCAGAUGCAAUGAAAGAAAAAGAAAAGAAAAGAAAAAAAAGGUCCAAAUAACGCAUACCUUGGAUGCCCAAUAUUCAAUUCCCAACUCAUUGAUGUAAUUGUGCGCAUUGCUAAUUGCUUUAUGCAUUGAUAGUGGCUAGUGCCUUGUAGCUACAGCGCCACAGUCGUCAUUCGCAGAGCUGAUCCCAAGCACCGCCGCAUGUGACGUGAAACCGCCGAGACCACAGCAUGGCAUAACAUGGCAUAACAUGGCAUAACAUGGAAGCCUUGCUCAUUUCUGCUGCAUUCUGCUUGCAUUUUUUUUUCCGUCACCACGUCUUCCGGAAGCUCCUCUGCUCUUCAUCUGCCGCGCCCUUUGUUUUGAUUCUCAUCAGACAAGACAUCUUUAGCUUCAACAAGAAAGAGAGCCCAGGUCUUGCUGUGGCUGCGACCCCUCACGUGCAGAUAAGCGGUCUCUGUGCGCCGAUAACAACGGCCCUCCGAGUCUGGACACUUCACAAGCUUUGGUUUGUCAUACGAGCUAAAAAUUAAAUUAUUGGGGUAGCAGGCGGCAGCUGCAUCUGGAUCGUCUCCAGCACGACCACAAGCCGAGGAUACUUGACGGGCAGACGACGGAGAAGCUUCUGGCACCAGGGAGACGCAAACAACGACCGCAGCGGAGCAGAAAUAGGCCAUCGACCCGGCGACACAGAUGAGUAACCGCUGGUGACGGAGCGAUUGCGGGCGACCUGUGCAUCUGCCUCUCGGGGACUGUCAUCCUCCCAGGCGCGGGGGGACCUCCGAGACGAGACGAGACAAGAGAUCGGUCUGCCAUCAGCAUCCGGGCUUGGAGAUUAACAGAAAAAGAUAGAGAUACCCGCGGCACGGCACGACCCCUGCCGCCCACCGCCGCCCCGAUGUGGUGGCCAUUCAGCAUCUUCUUCAGCAGCAUCUUCCUCUUCGCCAUCGUCCUGUCCAUCCCCGUCGCCUUCGAUGUCGGCGGCCGGGACAGCGGGCUGGCCUACAGCCUGAGCCUGUCCAUCUUCUACAUCUUCUACUCUGCCAUCCGCCUGGCCACGCCCGAGACGUCGCGCGUCCGCUGGUCCAUCGUGACGCUGCUGCGGCUGGCGCAGUGGUUCGUCAUCCCGUCGCUGCUCAUCUGGGCCCUGGGCAAGUUUGGCGUCGACGCCGAUGCCGGCAGCUCCAGCUGGGUCGAGAGGACGCUCGGCGGCGUCUUCCAGUCCAAGAGCACCAGCUGGACCGAGUGGAUGUUUGGCAAAGAGGGCCUGCUCGAGACCAUCUUCCUUGGCUCGUGGGACAAUGUGCUGAGGUACUCGGGCCCUGUAUUCCAGCUGCUCGAGGGCUUCUGCACGCUGCUCGUUAUCCAGGCGGCGGGCCAGAUUACUCGAUGGCUCGUCAACAGAGGGAGGAGCGAUACAUGGGUGAUCGUCUUGCUUGCAUUUUCUGGCUCCAUCAUUGCCAGCGCCGUCUAUUUCCUGUGGCGCGUGGCCCAGUUCCCUCAAAUCAGCAACGUUGAUGCCACUCUCAUUGGCGUCACCAUGACUACGGCUGUGUUCCUCUGCGCGUACGGCAUUGGCAGUGGCCGCGGCAGUCCCGUCGAAUCGUCGCUUCUCUUCGCCUAUGUCGUGCUCUGUGUCUAUCAGAUCUUUACCGACUAUCUCCCGUCCGAUGGCACCUAUUCUACCGAGGACCAAGCUUCAUCGCAACCGGAAAUCCCCCCACUUCCGCCCAUCAUCAUGGCCUCGUACUCAACCCUACUUCACAUACUCAGCACCCUACCUGGCGCUUUGCAUUCUUCGCUCGCCCUCUUAUACGCCGCUUUCCAGACAAUCACGCCAUCCGUCAUCAUAUCUCUCGCAUAUCGCCUGUUCGUCUUCUACUGCGCCACCCGCAUCAUCCCAUCAGUACGGGAUCUAGGCGCCCGAGCCAUGAUGCAUGAGCCUGACUUUGACGAAUCAGAAACAGCGUCCAUGUUUCUGAGCAUCCUGAGCUACUUUUCACCAACAAUAUUGAUAUCGGUUUACACCAGCCUGCUGCUGCAACACUUUUCAACGAGCGAGGGGCCAGACGGCUGGACACUCAGGGGCGGCGACGUGGGUGGCAGCUCUUGGCGGUGGGUCAAUGUAGGAUUAACCAUGGUGCUGUAUGGAAUUGAGCUCACCUUGAGCACAGACGAUCAAGAUCACUGGAAGGUGGAUUGAAUAACGCAGGAUAACAAUUGGGUGGGACUUAGAUAGGAGGUGGAAUAGCAAAGGGGGGAAAGCCAGAAACCACCUUUACCAAAAUACUUCAAUAAGACGCAUUAACUAUUUGAGUCGAUUGAGUUACUAAUUCCAUUGUUUUUUAGUAUGCUUAGAUGGGGUUUCGUAAUGGAUAAUAUUUGAAAGCUGUUGGAAAGAACGACAUCAGGGUGUUUGCUUAUUUGAGUUUUACUAUCUGUAUGUAAAUAGACCUAUGAAC